GCUCGGUGAGUGGCUGCGGUGUGAGACCUUGCGCGAUGCUGGUGUGGGGUGUGUGAGACGAUAGUCGCCGUUCCUGCCCGCUGGCACGUCCAUCUUCCUGUCGUCCGAGAAGCCUGGGCAAGCAUAUGAGGCGUUGGCGCCGGGCGAGGCUGCGUUCAGCUUCUUUUCCGACCCCGAGAUCGCGCGCAGCUGUCGCAUGCGCGAGCAGAUCGAGACGCCCGACUUUAAGCCGUGGGACGACUCGGAGAUGCUCGGCAAGACGAGGGCACUCAAGUCUACGGAGGACAUGUCCGACGCGGUAUACGAGAAGCGGCACCGUCGGCCGGACAAGCUGGAGAAGCGGCAGCGCAGGCUGGAGAAGGAGCGGCUGAUCAAGGACCGGCAGAAGCUGCGUGACCGCAUCGAGCAUCUCAAGACGGCCGAUGCACGGCUUCUGCUGCCCAUCAUCAUGGCGCGUGAGCAGAGCAAGGCCGAGGCGGCGUCGACAGAGCCUGGUGCACACAGUCCUGCUGCCGAGCCCGGCAGCUCGACGCCUCGCGGCACGAGUCCACAUAGCGCCGAGUCGAGCUCUAGCAGCUCGGCGAAGCUGGAGCAGCUGCGCUCCGAGCUGCUGGCCGAGGCGCACGAGACGCUGGCGCGCUAUGAUGCCCUGCUGCCCGCCGAGCCGUCGCUCAGCGGCGCGUCGGAGCUGCGCAAGCGCUUGCAUCACGACGAGGAUAGCGACAGCGACGGCGCCCUCUCGCCGUCGGGCCGCGCCUCGACCUCGACGGCCGGACGCCGCCGUGGGACACCAGCCGCUGCCAGUCCUCUCGGCUCCGCGUCCGCAGCGCCGACGCCCGCAGCGCCAGUCAUCGGGCAACGUCGUCUGCGCCUGUCGCUCGGUCCGCCUCGCACUCCCGCAAGCUCGGACGGCGCCCAGAGCAGCAGCGAGCCGCGGCGCCGCAGCGCAUUCGUGCCGGCAGUCGAGUCGCCGAAGCCGCAGCGUCGUCUUGCCGUACCUGCGGGCAGUCCGGGCUCGCCCGAGACGGUGCACGUGGAGUGCCGCGCCGAGAAUCCCAACAUCCAUGCACGCACGUCGGGCGGCCGCUUUGCGCCCAAGAGCGCCAUAGGCACGGUCGUGCCGCCCCGUGCCACUCCAUCAAAGCCCUCGUCCGCGAGCGCAGAGGCCAAGCGUAGCGCCAGGGUCUCUGCGAGCGCAAGCAGCACGCCGAGCUCUUCCACGCGGCCUGCAAGAGCCGCCCGUCGCUCAGCCGUGGACAUGCGCGAGCACAUGGAAAGCGAGUCUUCGAGCGAGGAGGAGGUUGACGUUAAGCCGCGAGAGGCUACAGGCGCCAGCAGUAGAGCAGAACGAGCUGCUCGUCCGCGCGGCGACAUCUCGCGCGCUUCGGAGCAGUCCCUGUCGGUCGUGCUGCACCAGCAACGCCAGGCUGCCAACAAGACCGGCCCGUCGCUCGCCGAGCUCGAUGCCAGCAUGCGGCCGCGGCCCAAGCGCGUCAAGCUGACGUUUGCGCGCGGAGGGCGCUCUUCGGCGUCUGCUGCAGACGAUCAAGAACGCAGCAGCAGCUCGAGCAGCGCCGGUCCCAGCGCUGCACCUGCUCCACUGGCAGCUGGCGCGCUGCUCCCCGCGCGCAUCCUGCCGACUCUGGCGAGCGCCACUGCGGCAGCCGUCGAGUCGGCGGAGAGCUCAGAUGUGGAGAUGGAGGCGGCGCCCAGCUUUGGCGCGUCGGCUCUGACGCUCGAGCAGGCGCAGGCGCUGAUGGAGGCGGCCAUGGCGGACACCAGCAGCGCAGUCGCCUCGCCGGUGCAUCGACCCGAGGGCGAGAGCAGCUCUGCGGGCGAGCAGAGCGUCAAGAAGGAGGCAUCCGCAAGCCUGCCGCCCGCAGAAGCACCCGUGCCGAGCGCACCUGCGGCCGUCGAUCUUACGCCUGCCGCGAGCGCAAGCACCGCGAACGGCACCGACGUCGUGAUGAGCGACGCAGUCGAGUCGCAGGCCGAGGUUGCCGCGCCUCCGCCAUCCGAGGCGCCACGCGAGCUCCCGCAGGCUGCCGACGCGAGCUCGAGCGCAGCGCCGGCUGCGCGCACGUCGAGCCGCGUCAAGGCCGCGAGCGCCUUUGGCGAGAAGAUUCCCGAGCAGGCCAGCCGGCGCGAGGACUUUGACGUGGCGUGGCGUACGCGCCUGGAGGAGGACUGGCUGCCCAGUGCUGCGAUGCUCGAGGCAGGCGCCUCUGCGGACGACGCGCAAGAUGCGCAGCCACCUGCGCACCCCAGCGGCACAGUCAAGCUCGAGCAGCCCGACGACCCGACACCGACGAGCGACUCCGAGCGCGCACUAGGCACGUCCUGAGCCCGACCACCACGUCACACAUGACAGGAAUGAAAUGGAGCCGCAGCAC